AUGGCGCAUAUGUGGUCAGAAGUCUCACUUCCGCACACCCUCGCGAGCGAAAAUCCUGCAGCCGGUUGUCGGUAUGCCUCCCACCGCAUCGGCGCGCGCGUCGCGGGCCUCUCGCCAGCGCAGCUGUGCGCCAUCAUCGAGGCGCAGGCGGGCGCGAGCGCCGCCGCGCUGCGCGUGGCGGAGGAGCACGCCGCUCGGCUCGUGGAGCAGCCCGAGUGGAUCCUCUCCGAGGUCCUCCUCUCGCCGGACCUCGCCCCGCACAUCCUCGCCCAGCUGCCGACCACGGAGCACGCCGUCAAGGGGACGAGACGCUGA